AUGGCUGAUGAGUUAGAGGAGCUAUGGAAAAAACUAACAUUUACGGAGGAAGAAGACACGGGUAUAGAGUUGGAUAGCAGUAGCACAAGUGCUGCAAGGAAGAUUGGGAAGUAUUGUGCUAUAAUGAAGAUCCUAUCCCAAAGAAGCAUAAAUAUAGAUGCACUAAGGAAGAAUUUAAGAAUGCUGUGGAAACUGAAUAAAGGGGUGCAAAUUUCUGAAUUGGAGGAGGAUUUAUACCUGGUGGAGUUCGGAGAUGAGAAGGACAAAAGGAAAGUGUUGGAUAUGUGCCCUUGGAGUUAUGAAAAGCAAUUAGUACUGAUUCAAGAGUUCGACGGGAAGUUGACACCGAAGGAGAUUGAAGUAAAAUGGGCCCCCUUUUGGGUCCAGAUCUACAACCUGCCUUUGAACAGUAGGACGAGAGAGACAGGCUGGGCUAUUGGGUCGUGUUUAGGGGCGGUGAUUGAUGUGGAUGUUUCAGAAUCUGGAGUGCAGUGGGGUAAGUGCCUCCGAGUUAGAGUACGAGUUGAUGUUACUAAGCGAUUGGUACGAGGGAAGAGAAUCACAACAGAAGGAGACGAGCCUAAAUGGGUCAAUUUUAAAUACGAGAGAUUGCCCAAUUUCUGUUACAGGUGUGGGCUUCUCAACCAUUCCCUAAAAGAAUGCAGUGAAGGGCAAGCUCAAGGUGAUAAAGAGGGAGCAAGCUAG